CUAGGGUUAAUUUUUAUCAACUAGGUUUUCUUCAGUUAUCAUUUUCGUUCUGAUUUCCAAAAACAUUUGAUUAUGACAGCAAUGGCGGAAUCUCCCGCAUCGUCAAAACGGCGUCGCACUGACAAUCCAGAGACAAAAAAAGUUACAGUUGAACCGUCGAAUUCAAAAAAUUUGUCGCCUUUGGUUGUCUUUGCUCACGGCGCUGGUGCUCCUUCUACUUCCGAUUGGAUGAUCAGAUGGAAAGAGAUGCUAGAAAAGGCGUUAAAUGCUGUUGAAGUUGUUACAUUUGACUAUCCUUAUUGUGCUGGUGGAAAGAAGGGAGCUCCUCCAAAGGCAGAAAAGUUAGUUAAGUUUCAUGCAGACAUGGUUAAAAAGGCUGCUGCUAAACACCCUGGUCAUCCUCUUAUCUUGGCUGGAAAAUCGAUGGGCUCCAGAGUUAGCUGCAUGGUUGCAAAUCAACAGGACAUUUCUGCUGCAGGAAUAAUCUGUUUGGGCUACCCAUUGAAGGGAAUGAAGGGAGCAAUACGGGAUGAGAUAUUAGUUCAGCUCACAGUUCCCAUCAUGUUUGUCCAGGGUGGCAAAGAUGGGAUGUGUCCUCUGGAUAAGUUGGAAGCUGUUAGGAAGAAGAUCAAGCCCAGUACCGACUUGCAUGUGAUUGAAGGCGGAGAUCACUCUUUCAAAGUUGCUAAGAAGUAUCUACAAGAAACUGAAUCAACUCAAAUUGAGGCUGAGGAGUCUGCUGUCAAAUCUAUUGCUUCAUUUGUUUCCAACUUUCUUCGCGAAUCUCUGUAACUUUCAGGUUUAUUACUACCAGCAGUGAAAUGUUAUUUGGGUAGUUCGUGAAUCUUAUUUAGUUUCAGUUUUAUUACUAUCGGCAUUGAAUUGGUUUUUGGUAUGCUGACCACCGUGGACUCGUGGAGUUGGCCGAAGAUGAUAUAGGUUGGUCCAAUAUGUAUUCCUGGUUAGCAUUAUCAGACUUUGUCUAGGUUUUUAACUCCCUCUUUUGUACUCA